AUGUUCAUUUUCGAUAUUUAUAUUACUACUUAUUCUUUGGUUGCACGAUACCAUUCAUUUCGAAAAAGGUUAAAGAGGGGUACCAUGGCAAUUAUAAUAGUUAAAUGUUUAUUAUUUGCAAAGAUUAAAGAUCUAUUGAAUAAUCAAUCAUCGAUAGAUAUAGAGUUGGAUGAUGAUCAUUGUAAACCAAUUGAUUUGUUUAAUAAAUUAAAACAAUUAUAUCCUCAAGCUUCAUCUGUAUUAGAUAUUUGUAUGCUCGCAAUCAACUUAGAAUAUGUUGAUAAAGAUGAAAACAUUGAAAUAAAAUCAACUGAUGAGGUAUCUAUUAUUCCACCAGUUAGUGGAGGUUAA